CUCUGUCUCUCUAUAGACAUGCGGUACAUCGUAGACAAAUAGAUUGAAGCUACAUUGCUUAAAGUUCCAGCUUCAGCUGUUUGAUUCUCUUCCAAAGUUGUUUAUAUACUUGUAAGAUGUAUAUACUGGGAGUUUUGUUUAUACUCUGCAGUUUAGGUUAUGCAAAUUGAAGAUGUACUGAUAUUAGCAGGGUGUGUGUCCGAGCAUAUGGUUUAUUAGGCUUUCCCUGGUUAGGAUGAUUGCUGUUCUGUUAAUUUUAUUUUAGGAAUUGUAGUUGAUUUUAUGCAAAGCUAAUUGAGGUUUGUGGAGUCAUGGAGCUUUGUUGUCUAGAUGUCUGUGUAUCUUCAAGUGGAUAAAGUAUAUGGGGUUUUGAUGCGUGAUCCAAGUGAAUAUGUUUUAGGUAACAAGGAAAUUUGAUGGAUUUUUUGGACUUGAGAUAAUCUAUAAACAAAGAAGUAAGAGGAAAAAUUAGAAUUUGUAAAUAUUCAGGGCUUGUUUGCCAAGAAGUCAAGAACUAUGGAAGGCCAUCUGAUAGUCUCAACUGUCAAAUAAAAUUCCAUGGAUUCAUUGAUGGUUCUGUAAACAUCCCUUGCUUGAUAUGCUUUCUUGGUCUUUUAACCUUCACUUCAUUGUAUGGAUUUCACUGGUCUUGUUAUCCUCUUCUACCCACAUAACAUAGAGUAAAUAUUGAUUAUCAUGUGGAUUGUGGUGAUAUUUUCUUAUCUGCCUUGCAUUGGAACUCUGAUUAUUUACUAUGUUUGCAUUAUAUGGAGUUAAUCACUUGCAGUGUAUACUUGAGUGGUCUCAGAGAAGCAAAGAUUGCCCUAUUUGUUCAAGGCAAGUUUUCUUGGAAGAUGCUGCCAGCCAAGAGCUGCUGGCUGCAGUGGAGAAUGAAAGGAAUGCAAGGUCAAGGUGCAGUGUGCGAUUUGCCCCUGAAAUUCAUGAAAGCAACAAUCUGGAUGAGGUGGAAGAUUCUGAGUUUGAAGAGAGGAUUCUGCGGCAAUUUGCAGCUCUUACCAGCAGAGCUCGAUCUAUUAACAGAAGGAUAAGACAGACGUCUUCAGGAGUUGGUCCUGCACAGGUUCUUCCUUCUGCUCCUGUUGCAGCUGGUUCAAUUAUGCAUCAAAUAAGUGAUUCCUCAGAAGAGUCUCAAUCACCAGUUAAUGAAAUUUUUGGGAGUGGUCUACCUCCUUCUGGAAUAUCUUCUAGUACUGUUGGGCCACCAUCAUCUUUGUCUGUCUUUCCAUCUAUAUCAAAUGUAUCCCCCACUACUGCAGCAUGUGGAGACAGUUCAGUUAAGCUCAGUGAAUCACCGCCUGAGAAUCCCCAGAGAUCAAGCUCAUCUGAGUUGCAUGCUUUCUCAGAGUCCAUAAAAUAUAAACUCUCUGCUGCUUCAGCCAGGUACAAGGAAACAUUCUCAAAGAAUACACGAGGUUUUAAGGAAAAAUUACUUGCUCGGAAUACGACUGUCAAAGAAUUUGGCAAAGAAGUACAGCGGGAGAUGAGUGCAGGCAUUGCUGGUGUAGCCAGAAUGAUCGAGCGACUUGAUCUUAGCUCAAAACGUGGUAGUGCUUCUGGUCCUUUAUCCAGCGACACAGUGGGCACCUCAAGCUUUGCACAUUCAGGAAAAUCAGUGCAAGGGAGUGUAAAUCCUCAUUUUCAUGACGAAAAUAAACGGGAAUCUGCAAGUGAAAGGAGUUCCAAUGUAACCCCUUUAAUCUGCACCACCAUUCCAGAUCAGACUGAAGUUUCUGUUCAACAGGGGAGAAACUGAACAUCCGAGGCUGAUCAGUCAGAAGUAAAGAUGUUUUCAGAAUAGAUUCCUUGCCUGAUGAUGCUUCGUUAAAACUUAAUUUGCAAGUGACUGAAGAAAUCAACGCAGCCAUUCAGGUUGGCGAUUGAUUUGCGUCCUGCAUUGAUUGCUUAGAGCCUCGGAGAUAUAUGGCCUAGUGAGACUAAAUAUUAUAACUACAAGUUCCGGUAUUCCUUUAUUUACUUGAACCUACAUAAGUUAGAUAAGUGUCCAUUAUCUUAAUUAAUGGAUGGAGGAGUUCAGAACAUUAGUUUGUUGGCUUUCCGCACCUCUUUUAUUCUUCUCUCUCUUUUCCCUUUGGCAGCCUUUCUUCCCACAUUGCGUAAGCUGAGCUCUAGACUGAGCAGUCUGAUUCUCAGUAAAUAAUUUUAGUUGCUAGAGCGCAGUCAUAAAUGUGGUCAGUUGCUAUCACUUGUGAAGAAUGUUGUAAAUUUUCCGCCAAAACGUUUUGCUCGUCAGAAGGACUGAAGGAGAAUAAUAUGGUCGAUUGCUAUCAAUUUUCAGUUUAUUUUAGAUACUCAUUUGUUCUCGUGAAA